AUGGGUGAGCUCUUCAAUGAAAGAGGUGAGGAUGGGGAACUGGAGAUGAGUCUUCAGGAGGUCCCCAGUGGUCAUUGGAAGUCUAGUCUCAUCAUCCAAGUGCAACCGACUAACAUUCAGGGGAAGCCAUUCUUCUACUUUCCCUUACGAAAAAAAAAAAAUCUACUUUCUGAGGACACAAGGGAGCGAUCCAGACAGACAGCGAUCAGCAAGAAGAAGAAGGAAGGAGAAAUGGAACAAGGGAGUGCCUUCGAUCUGUACCUCCUCCCUGAAGAUUGUAUUUCCAACAUUCUAUCCCUCACAACUCCUCGAGAUGUAUGCAGGUCCUCGACUGUCUCUCCUGUUUUUCGAUCGGCGGCCAAUUCUGACUCGGUGUGGGAAAAGUUCUUACCUUCCGAUAUCCACCAGAUCCUCUCCUCAUCAUCUGUUUCUCCGUCUCUGCCGACUUUCUCUUCUAAGAAGCAGCUCUUUCUCCAUCUCUGUGAUAAUCCCCUUCUCAUUGACGGAGGUACUAAGACAUUCGCAUUGGAGAAAUGCAGUGGGAAGAAGUGUUAUAUGAUUGGAGCAAGAGAGCUUACCAUUAUCUGGGGUUCCUCCCCAGAGUAUUGGAAAUGGAUACCCCACCCUGAAUCCAGGUUUUCAGAGGUGGCUGAGCUCUUGUGUGUGUGGUGGCUCGAAAUUCGUGGCAAAAUAGAGACACGACUGCUGUCUCCAAACACAACGUACGGAGCUUACCUGGUGCUGAAGUUCACAAACAGGGCCUAUGGAUUCGAGCCACUUGCAGAAGUCUCAGUCAAAUUGGCUAGUGGUACUGGUGGUGCUGAAGAGGGAGAAGUGAAAUCUGUCUCGUUGAAUCCACGGAGCCUGAGGUCCAGAAACGCGUCGAGCUCAGAAGAAGCAGUGGCGGAUCCACCACCAGAGGGACCCAAGGAGAGAGGGGAUGGGUGGAUGGAGAUAGAGAUGGGUGAAUUCUUCAAUGAAAGAGGUGAGGAUGGGGAGGUAGUGAUGAGUCUCAUGGAGGUCAAUUGUAGUAUCUGUAAGUCUGGUCUCAUCAUCCAAGGCAUUGAGCUCAGGCCCAAAGAGAACCAGCCUGUUUGAUUCUAAGCUCACUCACAAUACCCCUACUUUAUUCUUAGCAUAAGCAUUGUAGAUGAAUACAGAGUUAAAUAUGUCAUUUAAUGUUUCUUUUGGGAA